AUGAGUUGGGCUGCGGAUGAAUGGAAGGAUGGACUUCCUGCCCGUGCCUUACAGAAAAUCAAUCAGAUUGAGACGCAGUUUGAGCUUAAAAAAGAAAGAGAUCAGAAACAGUUUCAGCUGGACAGUGUUGAACAGGCUUUUCAAAACCAGAAGAGAAAGCUUGAGGAAGAGAAAACCAAUGUACAAAGUUUCAGACGUGAAAUUCAGAGCCUAGAGGAAAACUGUCAAGAGUUGGAGAGGAAAAGAGAGAAGCUAGUAGCUGAACUACAGAUUAAAGAGAAACAUGUGUGUAACCUAGAGGGCCAGCUGUCCCAUAGUAAACAGGCCCUGGAGGCAGAAACCAGCAAGGUCUUUCAGCUGAAAUCGGAGUUGGAAAAAGCCCAAUAUGAACAAGUUGAAGCUGAAAAGAAAGUGGCAAAGGUUGAAACUGACAACAAGAAACUUCAGGAGCUCAGUGAUCAACAAGCUGAACAACUUAGAUCUCAUGCCAGAAAAAUUACUGCUUUGGAAGCUGAACUCAGAGGAAAAACAAGUGGUUCUAGUACUUCGGCUGGAAAUGUGGUACAAUCACGGUCAGAUAGUGCCAUCAGUCAGAGUUCUGUCUCACAAGGUACAACAGAAUGGAUCACAGAAAAGAUCAAGCUUCAGGCUGAAAAUGAGAAACUCAACACUGAGCUGAAAAAUCUGCAAGAAAAGCUGGAAGAUUUACAGAAACUCAGCAGCAGUGAUCAACAUGGAAGAAGUUUCCAUGGUAACAUCAGCCACACACCAGGUCAAAGGUCGGCUGAUCACCUUGGGAUUGGAACACCCAGUAGAAGUGGGCUGUCAAGCGUGGGACCUAAUGUUUUUGACCUGGAACAAAAGUUGAAGAAGCUGCAGCAAGAGCUACAGUGUCAGCGUUACAAUGCUGAGGCAGCCAAGACUGCCGUGGAGCAAAAGGCCAAGAAAAGGGAGAUGGAACUGAAGGAGGAAGUGCAUCAGCAAGCUGAGGUUCUGAGGAAGCUAGAGAAAGAGUUGAAUGAUAGCAAGAACAGGAUGCAACAGGAAAUCAACCAGGCUAAAAAUGAGACCAACAGGUUGGAAGGUCAGCUGCAGAAAUUAGAGCAGAGUAAAUGUAGACUUGAGCAGGAGUUACAUGAUCAACAGCAGGCCUAUAACCAUACAGAGAAAGACAAGGUUUGUAAUAACAAACCUGUGCAGAAAUCAGCUGAAGUGGUGAAAACAAUUCCAACUCCACAGAAGGUUACAGACUCUAGUUCAUCAGACAGAGUGCAGGAGCUGGAAACCGAGAAAGAAAAACUACUCAUACAGAUUCAGGAGUUACAAGGCCAAUUGGAAACGGUGAAACAGAAGGCAUCUGAUGACCUGGAAAAAUCAAAGAAUGACAUAUCAAACCUUGAAAUGCAGCGAGCGCAUAUGAGUGGUCAGAUACAGAAUGAUGCUGUCCAAUCAAAAGAGAGAUCAAAGGCCUCUGAACAGCUUCAAGAAACCAAUAAUAAUCUUCAGGAAAAACUGAAGAAGCUACAGCAGGAGCUGCAGUGCCAGAGAUACAAUGCUGAGGCUGCAAAGACAGCGGUUGAACAGAAGGCAAAAGCCAAGGAGAAUGAAUACAAACUAGAGAUCUCCCAACAGGCUGACACUCUCAGGGUGCUGGAGAAGGAGUUGAAUGACACCAGGAAUAAACUACAGCAAGAAGUCAAACAGGCUCAGGGGGAAGCAGACAGACUGAAAAAUCAGGUGGAAAAGCUAGAACAUGACAAGAUGAGGAUGGAGAAGGAGAAAGCUCAACACCAACAUAUGAUUGAUAAAGCAGAGCAGUCUGAAAGAGAAAAGUCUGCUGCAUUACUCAGUGUUGAGGAGAAAAACAAACAGCUUAAAGUCAUGGAGAGUAAAAUAAGCCAAACUCAACAGGAGCUGGCAAGUAAAGAGAACCUAAUACAGAAACUUCAGCAGGAGAUGAAAGAUGUGAGAAAGUCAGCCAGUGAUACAGAGAGACACUGUCGAGAGGAAACUCGACGAAUUCAGUCUGAACUAAGCUGCUUAGGCUCUGAAUUGGAACAGCACAAGAGAGAAAGCAAACAGGCUGAAGAGAGGGUAGCUACCUUGAAAAACCAGCUGGAACAGACCAAUGGCAUCAUCCAAGACAAAAGCCACCAGUUAGACCUGUCACAGAAACAAGUCAAUGACUUGAAAAAUGAACUCCAAAAGGCUUCCUCAGGGCAAGACACAAAGAUGAAAGAGGCUGCUUCAGAGAUGGAAAAGAUGCAGAAACAACUGGAAAGAGCGCUCGCAGAAAAGGAUGCCCAUCUACAGUCCAGGGUUGAGGAGGUGGAGAAAUUGAAGCAAGAGCUGGAAGUUUCCAAAGAAGAAAAGAACAAUGCAGUAAUUGUGAAGAAUUUCUUGUUUAAAGAGAAAAUGGAACUACAAGUGAAGUUGGGAAGCAAGGAAGAAGAGAAAAGCAAACUGAGUUCAGAGAUGGAAGAGAUCAGAGAGAAAUUAACAUCCGAAAUGCAGAAGACAACAAGUAAUGCAGAAAAUUUCAAAGCAGCUAAACAACAGUUGGUUCAAACAAACAAAGACUUAAUCCAGAGUGUUGAAGCACUGCGUGGAGAAAAAUCUAAGUGGGAUAAGAAUUUGAGCGACGCGUCACUGGAAAAGAAGUCUUUGGAGGAAAAGCUUGCCAAAUCAGAGGCUUUACUUCAAAAUGUCAAAUCUGAAAACAGGAGUCUUGAAGAAAAGAUCAGUGAAUUAACAUGCCUUACAGAGAAACAAAGUAAAGAAAUCUUGGCUAGCAAAGAAAAGGAAAAUGAUUUGGAUAACAAGAUGAUCACUUUACAGCUGGAGAACCAGUCAUCAGUGGAGCAGAUCAGUUGUCUUCAACAAACUGUGACAGCCCUUCAAGCUGAAAACAACAAACUUGAAGAUGCUGUUCGCGAGAUGAGUAAGGCUGUUGAAAGUGGAGAAGAAAAGUUGUUGAAAGUGAUGGAGAGUGAAAAUAAGCUAAAGAAAGAAUUUGAGGUGAACUUUGCAAACCUUCAUGCAUUUCAAAAGGCGAAAGACGAGGCUAUUAGAGAGAAGAACGAGGGUAAUGAGAUGAUCAAGAAACUGACAACUGAACGUGAAAGCCUAGAAAAGUCUUUGAAAGAGUCUGAGGAAAAUGUAAGUGGUUUGGAAAAAGUAGUUGAAGAGCAAAAUUGUCUUCUUGAAACCAAAGCUAAGGAUCUUGAGAAGAUUGACCAACAGAAUGUCUGUCUCGGUAAACAGCUUGAAGACAAAGACUCUCAAGCUGCGACAGAAAGAGAAGACUUAGAAAGAAGGCUGAGUGAAGCACAAAUGCAGAAUGUCAAAGGGGAAGACAUGCUGAAUGCACAGAGAUGUGAAAUAAGCAACCUUGAGAGUGAAAUCAAGGCACUGAAAGACAUGCAGAAUCAGAUUCUAACCAAGCUGGACAUGCUUCAGAUGGACCUUGAUGAUAAAGACGAUAUGGUUGCAUCAUUGCAAGAACAUGUGCAAAAUAUGGAGCAGACAAAUGCUUCCACACAAAAAAGCUGUGAAGAUAAGGAUAUUGAGUUGGCAGAUAAAGACAAGUACAUCAAAGAGCUUCUGAGCCAGACGGAAAACCUUAAAAAAAAGAAUGAAGAUUGCCAGGAAGAAAUCAACAAUCAGAAACAACAGCUGGAAAACAAAGCCGUAACACUGGCAGAGAAAGAGGAUCAAAUAAGCACCAUGACCUCGGAUUUUGUUUCUCUGAAGUCAUCUGAAGAUAAACUACCUGAAACUCUUUCAGAACUUGAGGAGAAGAAGAGAGCACUUGAGGAAUCCUCCAGCCAAAUUACUGAGCUCAAACAAAGUCUUGAUAACAUGACCAGAAAACUGAUAGCCAAGGAUGCGGAGGUUGUGAAACUGGAGAAUAGUGUGUCUAACCUGGGCGAGGCAUUAACUGAGAAGUGUACAGUUGUAACUGAGCAGGAAAACAUCAUUGCUGAACUUAGGGAAAGAGUUCAAGUACUAGUGGAAAAAGUAGAACAACUGAACUCCCUUCUAAAAAACGUUAAAGCUGAACAUCUGUCCAUUGAAAUGACAACAGAUAAAAAGUUGAGGAAUUUAGAUGUGCUGCUCCAGUAUAAGAAGGAAGUCCUCAGCCAUAAGAUAAGUGAACUCCAAAAUCUUCAUCAAAUCAACUCGGAUUUGCGCAAACAAAUUCAGUCACAAAGCAAUCUACUGGAAGCAAGUAGAACAGAGUAUCAGUCAUUGGUGGAUGUCUUGGAUUCUAAAGACCAAAAGAUCUUGUCACUGGAAAAUGAAAUCACUUACAUUGAAACCUCCAAAACACAGCUCAUGCAGCAUAUGACUAUGUUAGAAACGGAAAAAGAUACAUUGGUCAGCAGCCAAGGCAAAAUGGCCUCAAAACAAGAUGAAAUGGCAUCACUGUUUGAUGAUCAGGUUAAAGAGCUUGAACUCUUAAAGUGUAAAAUUGAUGUUGAAAGUGUUGAAAAGUCCUCACUAAGUCAGGAGUUGGCCACUGUCCAGCAAAAACAUCAUGACAUGACCCUGGGCUACCAAGCCCUGCAGAAAGAGCUGUGUGAUGUCAGAAAAAUCUUAGAAGAUACCAAGGAAGAGAACUCUACAUUAUCCACAACUCUAACUUCCAAAAACAUAGACUUUAAGGCUAUCAAUGCAGAAAGAGAUCAACUUGUUAAGGCUUUGGAAAACAGAGAAGCUGAGGUUCGUGAUCUGCAAAUGCUUUGUGAUGCCAAAACUUCCGAUAUUAAAGAUCUGAAUAGCCAACUAGCUGAACAGGACUCUGUCUGUAGACAAAAAAUACAGGCUCAUGCAGAUGUGAUUUUUAAGGGCACAGGUGAAAAAGAAGGAUUGAAAGAGGAACUGGAAAGACUUAAGUGUGACCUUAUGUCUAAAGCGUCAGAGCUUAAUCUGACAAAAGAAGAAACUGAAUGUCUAAGGCAGUCCUUCGAUGCGGAGAAGGAAAGCUAUAAAACACAAAUUGAAAACUUGAAAACCCAGAACAUCGCUUUACAGCAGUCUGUCUUUGAUGAACAGCUUAAAAUUUCAGAACUAACAUUGUCAUUGUCAAGUACAGAAAGUGAACUGAAGGAAAUGUUGGCUAAAGAAAAAGAGGUUACAUCUGGUUUAGAGGCUAAACUUACCACACUCGAGGAAAGGGCUAAGAAAGAUAAUACAUAUUUGCGUAGUCAGGUGGAGGAAAAAGACAAGCACAACUCAGAGUUAAAAGAAGAACUUGAUGAUCUUCACACUCAGUUGCGUCAGUUGAGGAAUCUUGAAAGUGCUGAAGAGAAGGUUGGAUACUUGAACACUCGUCUGGAAGAACAAAGAGAGUCAUUUGAUGAAAAGAUAGCUGAAAUGAAAAAGCAGAAGUUCUUCCUAGAACAAACAGUGACGUCUCUGGAAGCCAGUCUUAAAGACAAAGAAGACAGGAUGAGAGAGGAGGAGGAAAAAUGUGAGCAGUAUAUACAUGACUUGGAUGAAGCUUACGAAAAAGUUGAUAAUCUAGAGCAAUUGUUGGCAGAGCAGACAGAAACAUUGGCAUCUCAGGUGAAGGUAGCAAAUGAGGUACAGGGAGAACUUCAGGAGAACUACCAACAAAUCCAAGACAGCUUGGAACUGAAACAGAAAAAGUUUGCUGAGCUGGAAGCUAAGUGUUUGGAGCAAAGGGAGAAGUGCACCAAUACAGAAAAGCUGCGUGACAUGGAAGAGCAGUUGAAAGAAGCUUUGGAGGGUUGGGACAUUUCCAAACAUCAGGUGAGUGUUCUAGAAAAGGAGAAGGAACACUUGCUGCAUGAAUGCAGUGUGAAGGAAGCUAAACUCACCAAAAUGUGUGAAACUGUUGUUGACUUAGAAGCUAAGAAUGCAGAGUUUGCUUCAGAGAUCUCAGCAACCCAUAAUGUGCUGAAAGCAACUCAGGCUACUUCCCAGGAUAUUCAGGAGCACAUGGACAUCAUUACUGAAAACAAACAAAGUCUGAAUGAAAAGCUGCAGUCCAUAGAAGCUGAGAAAGAUGAGCUUGAACUCAAGUUAAAGAUAUCUGCAUCAGAAAAUAAUCAACUUCAGAAAGACCUGGCAAAACUCCAAGAAACAAACAACAAACAGUUAGAAGAGCUAGGAUCAGAACUUGGGACAAAAAGUUUCAAGCUUCAGCAAAUUUCAGACCAGUUACAGAAACUGGAAGAAGUAGUCACGGAAACUAAAACGGAAAUGCAGAAACUGCAGGCUGACAAAGCACUGCUCGAAGUAGAAAAUAAACAGUUGAAGGAAAAGGCGUAUGAACUAGAGGAGGCAGUUUCUGAUCUGACAACAUGUCAAUCCAUGUCAGGUAGUGAGAUGAAAAAUAUUCAAUCCAGUCUAGAUCUUGCCAAGCAAAAGCAGACUGAUUUAGUUAAAGACCGUGAGACUUGCUCUACUGACCUUGAUAUGGCUGUUUUGGAAAAGGUUGAACUUGAAGAGCAAGCCAAAACUCUGCAAGACAAUGUUAUGUCUUUGAGAAGUAAGCUGAAUUCAUGCAUGCAAGAAAAGGAUGUGAUGUUAACCGAAAAGGCUUGCUUAGAGGCCGAUCUAUGCAGCUCUAAUGCUACAGUGGACACUUUGAAAUUAAAUGUACAAGACCUAAGAGAAGAGCUCAGUGCUUUAAGUGUGGAAAAGCUUGACUUGACAGAUAAACUCACCAGGAGUGAAGAGAUUGUUAAAGCUAUUACAGCUGAAAAAUUAAAGACAAAUGAAGACUUCGAGAAGCUGAAAUCCAAACUUGCUGACACUGAAGACAUGCUUAAAGAUGUUCAGAGUUCAGCUCAGCAGCUUCAGGAGCAGAAGGAAGAGCUGGAGAUGAUGGAAGCUGAAACUAGAGAGGCUGGGAGAAAUUUACAGGAACAGGUGGAUGUGCUUCAGAGGGAAAAAGCUGCCCUAGAAGUAGAUGUCCUCAGCCUGGAGAACAAAAUGAAGGCUAAAACAGGAGAAAUGGAGGAAUUAAUGGGCAGGAUAUCAUCAUUUGAGUGCAUCAUAUCACAGCAAGACCAGGAGAAGAUUGCAACAGAGGCUACAACAGAUGCCGAGAUUGCCAAGCUGCAGCUAGAGAAAACUGAGCUGGGUGAGCGAUUAGAUUCACUGUCGGGGGAACUGUGUGAGUUACAAGAAAGCUGUAAGGUUUCUAAUCUGAAAGAGGAGGAACUUAAAAAUGAACUUUCUGUAAAAGCACUGGAGAGUUCUACAUUGGGAGAUAAAGUCAAAGUACUGGAAGCCCAGGCUUUAGAGCUGGACUCACAGUGGAGCAGUACACAGUCAGAAUUGUCCCGUUUGAAGGAAGAAAAUAAACAGUUCCAGGUACAAGUCAAUGCCCAGGAGCAUGAUAAGCGUGAACUACUCAACCAGUUCCUGAGUCUAGAGGAUGCGAAAGCCUCCCUAGAAAGACUAAAUUCUGGUCUGGAACUAAACCUUCUAUCCAAAGUCAAAGAGGAGGAGGUAAACCAACUGCAGAUGCACAGCUUAACACUGAAACUGCAAAGGCUUGAGUCUUCAGUGGGUGAUGACAAGUCCCAGAUUGAGAGUUUGCAGGUGGAGGCAGAGAAACUAAGGACGGAGUAUGCAAUCGCUAGUAAGACAUGUGAGGCGCUGAGGAGGGAGUUAGAGAAGACUGACACAGUGAGAGGUGACCUAUUAACUGCCAAGCAGGCUUUGAUGGCAGCAGAGACAGAACAAGACCAGCUGAAGGCUACAGUGGCCCAUCUAGAGAACAAGUGCCAAACCCUGCAGACAUCAGUAGAUGAGUCAAACGUGGCUGUGGAGAAGCUGAAAAAUCAACUUGAAUCCGACGAAUCCGUAAAAUCUGAAAGCAAGGUGAGGGAGGAGCUAAGGAGACUGCGCCAGGACAGGGAGUGCUACGAGGGAAAGCUGAAGCUUGCCAUGAAUAAUGCACGCCAGCUGGAGAACAAAGUAUCCAAUCUGCAGUUAGAGAUCCUCAAACUUGAGGAGGAGAAGACUGAUGUGAAGAGCCAGUUAAAAAGUAAGGAAGAGGAAGCUACAGACAGUGUGGAGAAGUGUUGUGAUUUGGAGAUGAGAUUGAGGACAGCAGAGAAGGAGAAGGAAAGGCUGACUGCCAGAGUUAACCUGCUGGCGAAUAUGGUGAAGGAGGCACGAGUGGUGCCGUCAAAGCCUGUUACAGUCAAGCGAGAAGCCGUCCAGGAUACUUCACAGAAACUGACUGGUUCCACAGACCAGCUGGGCAAAAAGAGGCCACAGGCAGAUAGUGUGCAAGGUGACGUCCAGGUUAAAACUGAGAAUGUGGGCGAGUCUGUACAAUCCCCAUGUAUUGAGAGCACAUCACACAAGCCGUGCAAAAGUCCAAAGCUGUCUGGUCUGAAAUAUGUUACAAAUAACAGUGACAAGUCCCCAGCCCAAGCUGUAUCCCCCCAUCCCAAGUCUAGGCUCUCUCGCAAAAGGAGCAGUCUGGGCACCUCGGGGAAACCAAAACCUCCCCCACAGCAGGACAAAGACGCUGACUGUAAAGUGCAGUAGUGACAUGUGCCUAGUACUUCAUGCUUCAUGCUUUCAUUGUGUCAUCUAACAGUAUAAUCCCUUUCUCUGAUCAUUGACAAGAUAAAUCUGACUUCAACAUCAUGUCAUCCACUCAAGACAUGGCUUUGUUGAUUUUUCUAAUCAGGUUACUUGAUUUUUGUGUUACAUUAUUUUUAUAUUUUAUGUUACAUACAUUAUUUUGUAUAUUUUAUGUUACAUCGUGUUUGGUUGUACAUAUUCAUUUAAUUAUGGUAAUCUUUGAUUAAUGGUUUUCUGAUUGUCUUUGAAAGUUUUUUUGAAUUGGUUUUAAAAGGUUUUUAAAGUGGUUACUAAGCCUAAGGAUGGAGCCUUAUAUAAUUAAUAAUGAAUGAUUAGGUGGUGUUGGUUGAUUGACCAGCUAGUGUUCACCAAAUCAUGCUGUAACACAUUUGCUUUAGGUCCUUUCUAAAACUGGUCUAGUGUUGCAAGUGUAUUAAUUUAUUUCGCUUUUGAAAUAUGCCUGUUAUAUCAUAUGACAGUGUGUACUCUAUCAACAGACUUUAAAGUAUAUUUGUUAUUUUUAGUCUGGUAAAGUGUUUUCAAUCAUGUUGUAAAGUAAUUUAUGGUUUAAUAACCAUGUCAUCAAGUUGUAUAGGUUAUCGUCUUCUUUUUUUUUAUUUGUUUAUUUUCUUUUUGUUUAAUUGUAUAUGUUUUUUAUACAUUUUUUAUGCUUGAUUUUAAAGAUAAUUCUGUUACAUUUUCCUCGGGGAAUAAUUUUCUGAUCAGCUAAGGUUUAAUGUCCUUACAUCACAGAGUUUCUUGUUCUAGUAGAUGCAAGAUGUUUUAAUUUACUGCCUUACAGGUUAAGGUUUCUGCAGUAAGAGGUGCAGAUUUUCCUGUUUUUUCUUUAGUUUUUUUUUAAUUCAUUGCAUCACAUCUGUUACAUGCACUUUUUGGUUAUGUCUUUUGUGUAAUUACAAAUGUCUAUAUAUUCCACUCAUUACUAUAUACAGCACACAGGUAGCAAUUAGUUUGUCUGCUAUAUUUAUACCUAUCCAGUUGUCCAUAUACACGACAUUUUAAACAAACAGUCUCAGCAGAGGAAGGUUUAGGGCAAGUAAAAUAAGUUAAGAUUUCACUGGGAACAGGGCAUGGUCAUUUGAGCAGUGUGGACUCAGUAAUUGCAUACUGAUAUUAGGAAACAUGGCGCUGUGUGACGCUCUCAUCACACCGGAGAUAUGUACCCCGACCCUAUUACAGCUGAGAAUAUAUCACAUAUUACAGCAAGGAUUUGUAACCCAAUCAUGUUACAGCUGAGAAUAUAGUAUCGCAUAUUAUAAUUUUUUUUUCUGAAAUUGUACCUUAUCAUACUUCCUUCCAUUCCUUACGCAUCACUUAAAGUAUUGCUGUAUUUAUGGAAGAACCUAUUUUGUUACUUUUAUUUCGACUUUAGUGGGCCUCAUGUCCUUUUUCAAGGUAUCUUCCACAAACGCACUAUAAACUUAUUGAUAUGGAGCAGAAUCUCAAAAAAAUGACCUAGAAUA